AUGGCCAAAGUAGAUGAAGUAGAAUCGCUUAUCGAACAAUAUUGUGCUGGGGAAGGAUUUGAAGUACCGGCACCACCGACAUUAGACACGGAAUUAGUGUUGAGGGUGACACUAGCGCGACGGAUCGCGGUAUCACCAACGGCCUACAUUUUCGUGAUUGCAUAUCCCGAAGAAUAUGAUGCCGAUUUUAAUUCUCACGUAUUUGCUCACUACUUAAUCUACGGCGAACGCAAGCCACCUACAACACCAGGGAAAUGGAACGGAACUCCCAUGCUAAAACAUGAGGGAACUUGGGUAUCAAGAAAAUACACACCUAUAUUCAUUGAUCAUACACGAAGAGAAGUUCACUUCCUUAUACGUAUAUACCGGGCUUGCGAUGAUUACCCUGAUGGAGGACGCCUGACGCGAUUCCUAGAAACAAUAGAACCAGGACACCCAUUAGUCCUCAAUCCAUGGCACGCAAGAUUCAAACUUAUUAGACCAGGAGCUUUGAGCCCAGUAACAGGAGAUGUGUUCGAGUUCAAGACACUUAACAUAGUCGCGGGUGGAACGGGCAUCACACCUUACAUUCGGUUCCUAUUGCACAAUAAAACCACACAGGUUAAACUAUUAUUCUGCAACAAAACUGUAAAGGAAAUUUUACUCAAAAAAUUACUGGAUAAAUUACAAGAACGUGGAUUACUAGAAGUCAGAUAUCUAGUAACCUCAGAAAGUCAAGAUGUCAUUCAACACUUCAGACCAAAGAAAAAUGAAUGGUUAGAAUUUGGAAAAUUAUCAAAAGAAUAUAUGGAAGCGUUCUUUGAACCGGAUGAAAGCUGCACGGUAUUCUGUGGACCAACCGGAAUGGUUGUUAAAACGAGAACAUUUGCUAGAGAAUUAGGACUAACUAUUGCACAAUAA